AUGGAGGGCACGAACAAAAAGAGUACUGGCGUUGCCCUGGAAGUGACACCAUGGCCUAAAAGUUCAACUGAAGCGAUGCAGCCCUUCCCUAUCAUGGCGCCAUCGAAUCUUCCUUUAGGCACUAGUUCAUUUCAUGUGUGGAAAAGACCCUUUCUCAUGAACGUCCAUGGUGACAAGGGUUUCGGUAAGGACGGGACAACCGAGAUUUAUUUCCGGCCACCUGAAGCCAUCUCGCCUCGUGCAUCGACAGGAGACGGUAGUAACAAAAAGACCAAAAACCCGUCUCCUUCAUCCGACGGUGGUGUAACUUCCGGCGCCGGUGAAAGUAACUCCAUCAAAGCUGAUCAGACAACGACAGUGAAUGACGUCCGGUACUACAGAUGGGGUCGAAACCUAGAUCCAAACAUGGACCCCAAAAAGCUCAGCCGGAUUAUGUCAAACCGACUUUCUGCACAGAAAUCUAGAAUGAAGAAGCUUCACUACGUCACUGAGAUGGAAAGGAAGGUGAAAGCUUUAGAGGCUCAAAUAGCAGUACUAUCUCCUCAAGUUAUGCUUUAUAAAAACCAGCAACGUUUGUUACAUCUGGAGCAACAGAGUUUGAACCAGCAGAUGUCGGCUUACACCAACAACAAAAUUCUGAGAGACGCCGAAAUUGAAGAGAACAAAGCAGAGGUGAGCAGGCUUAGGCGACUGCAUCUGAACCAGCAACAGCACGCGCAGACAGCAAGGAUGAUUAAUUGGGAAACUGGGAUGGAGCAGAUGGCGAAUCCAAACAUAAAUCAGUCUAGGAUGCAAGCCCUGAUUAGUACCGGAGAUAACACAGCACAAGUGCAUAGGCUGAACCAACUACAUCUGAGAAAACAACAAGCACAACAAAAGCAAGGACAGGCCUGGAUGCCAAGUUGGCCGGGAACUUGCACUGGGGCAGAUGGUGAACCCAAGCUUAAACCAAUCUGGGACGCAGCAGAAAGUGAACAACAUUAA